UUUUGUUGUUGUUGUUGUGAUUUUAGGCCAAAAUUUAUGAGCUUGGAAGAUAAGUUUCCAAAAAUGGAAACUUUUAUGAACAAGGAUUGGCCAUCUUUUAGUUAUGGAAUGGCAACAACAGGUUCAACAUUUUUCAACAAUCCAAUCAUAUGGGCUUCUUCAUCAUCAGAGGAAACACCAGGAUCCAAUUUGUUAAAAAAUGUCCCUGGAUUCAUAAACCAGGACAUUAACCAUGGUUUUAAUCCAAUAAACCAAGCUCAACCUUCUCCUUCAAUGGCGACCACCAUGUCACAAUUCCCAGAUUUAACUUCCCUGUUUGGUCCAUCAAAACCAGUCAUUGAUCCCAUCAACGAAAACCCACCAUUGCAGACGCCUCAACAAUGGCUUAGAAUCAACCAGAGCUUCACAAAUGAUCAAUCCAAAGGUUUUAGUGAUUAUUGGCUUAGCACUACCAAGACUCACCCCAUGAAAUACAGUGGACGAAGGUUUCAAAACCAGCACCAGAAGGGUUAUUCAUCGCCUGGGAAACUGUUUAGAGGGGUAAGGCAAAGGCAUUGGGGUAAAUGGGUGGCUGAAAUAAGGUUGCCCAGGAAUCGAACUCGGGUUUGGUUAGGUACUUUCGACACAGCAGAAGCAGCCGCCAUGGCAUACGACACAGCAGCUUACAUAUUGCGUGGUGAAUAUGCACAGUUGAAUUUUCCGGACCUUAAGGAUCAAGUUAUGGCCAACUCUUUGAAUGGGAACACCGCUGCAAUUCUUGAAGCUAAGUUGCAGGCCAUAUCGCAAGGCAGUACGGUUAACAAGAAGUCCGAUCUCGACACAACGACAACUAUGCCGGCCGAGGAGGGAGUUUCGGGUUUGAACCGAAAUACGACAAAAAAUAUGGAGGCUUUAUCAUCGGAUGUUGAUGGUGUACAGCUGAGUAGGUUGCCUUCCUUGGACAUGGAUAUCAUAUGGGAUGCUCUUUUGGUCUCUGAUUCAUGAAAUUUUCCUUUCAUUUGAAUGAAAAAAGAAAAAGAAAAAUUGAUAAUUUUUCAUAUAUGCUCAGGUAUGUUUUUUUUCUAACUUUCUGUAUACGAAGAAAACUGUUUUAAGAAAUGCAAAUGUCAAGGUUUGAAUUCCGAA